AGAGAGGCAAAGAGGGUCCACUCCUCAUUAAAUAAUAGCACAGUCAAGUUGAAAAGUAAUCACGUGUAUGGAGGUGUCUGUGAGGGAGCGUGCACCAUGUGCUUUCCUUGUGUGCCGUCGGCAACCUUUAGUUUCAUGAGAUAAGGGAACUCAAUAAAAAGGAGUGAUGUUCCUUCCAUCAAUACAAUAGCCUCAUCUCACGGAUCUUGCUUCUCUCUCUCUCUCUCUCUCUCUGUGUGUGUCUCUGUGUAUGUAUGUAUGUCUUGUGUUCCUCUCCUACUUUUGCUAUAUUAAUUCUCUUACACAGACAUCUUCUACAUAGUAUAUAAAAAUACAUUCAUUUCAUUGCAAAGAGACUUGGCAGUAUAUUAAUUCAGUUACAAAAAUGGCAUCUUGGAAGAAGACCAUCACAACCCCAUUCAAAAAAGCUUGCACUUUCUUUAACCAGCAACCAACAAGGGAUCAUAUUAAGAAGUCUCAAACAGAACAAGAGAACCGUGUAAUGGAUCUGCAUGGUGAAGUCAUGGCAUGUGGCUAUGAAGAUGUUCAAGUUAUGUGGUCUAUCCUUGAUAAGUCCAAAUCCACAGCCUGCAACAUGACUUCUUCAUAACCUGAGUCAACUCUUUCCCCUUUCCCUUCUAAGUUCUACCAACCAAACAUGAAACAUAAAAGUCCCACUGCAGCAAUUAGCGAAUGUUUUUGUAUGCUAAUAUGUUAAAAGUCAUGAUUGUAGGUGUUUGAUUUGAAUGAGUGCCCCUUUUCCUUUGAUGAAAACGGUGGCAGUUUCAGUUUGUAAUUUUUCUAUGUCAAAAUGUUAUUUUUAGGGAAUCCCCAUGAUUGAUACAAGAAAAUCAUGGCGAGAUUUUAUUGAAAGGUAGAUUCU